UACUCACUCCAGAGCCUCGAGCCUUCUACAGCAUGUCCCUGCGUGAAAACUCAAAGGACGGUCCUCCAGUGGAGACCACACAUUCCACUGAGAAUCUCAAAAAGGUCCGCAGACUGUAUCCAUCUCUGCCGAAUGUCGACGGGUAUGACUUCUGUGAGGUGGAAAACCUUCGCACAUCUGCUGCAUUUCCUCCGGACAGUCCUCAGGAAAUCACACAGUCAGGAGAAUCUCCCCCCUGCAGUGAUGUCAGGCUGAAAGCACAGAUACUUUUCUUAGAGGAGCAGAGAAAACAGCUACUUUCUAUCAAUGAGAAAUGGGCAAAGGAGUACCGGACCAUGGUGCGCUAUUACAAAGACAAGAUUCGAGUUGUAAAAGCAUCACAAGAGCAUGAAGAGAAGAAACAUGAUGAAGGACAGAAGAAUAUCACAUUAGUUAAAGAUCAAAAAGUCAGACUGGUCAUAGAUGAGGACAACUUACAGACCGGCGAGAGCAGCUCUGAGCUUCUUAAAGCCAAGACUGAAACUGAAGAGCUGCGGCUGCAGAACCGCACGCUGACGCGCAGAGGGCAGCACCAGCAGGAGGAAAUCAGACGGUUAAACAAGGCUUUAGAGAAGGCGCUCCAGACCUCGCAGUCCGACAGCGUGAGCAGUGAAGACUCUGCAAACAUCUGGAAACAUCAGGCUGAAGUCUAUAAGGAGGACUUCUGCAAAGAGAGGAAGGACAGGGAGAAGCUGAAAGAGAAGUAUCUGGAGCUGGAGAAGCGAUUUCGGAAGGUUUACAGUGAGCUGCGCGUGCUCAAAUCUCAGGUUACCUUGGUUUUGAAGCCGCAGCCGGCGGUUCAGUGUCCCUGCAAUGUUCGGGACAAGAAUCCGAACUGGGAGAUCUGCAAAGUUAACCAGCACUACAUCCAAGAGCAACGGCGCCACGCGCUCAGUACCAAAGAGUGAAGCUCGCCGCUAUCUGGAGACAAUCCAGAGCACUUUAUGGAGAUUUCUGCGGUUCAGUUCGAGCCGUCCUCUGAGGAGGAAGCCCAGACAGAAGAGUGGAAGGACGCACUUCAAACAAGAGGCAAAGCAGCAAGAAAAGUGACUUUCAGUAUUUCAGUCAUGGCUCCCCCCUGUCCUGUGAACCAGCCUGCUCCUUUCCUUUGCACAAACACUAUUGACAUGCAGAUGAAAGGUUGGAAAAGAAUGAAGAACACUCCUGUUUUCAGUACCUGUAACCUGAAUGAAAUGCCCCGAGAGAAGAAUGAAGCGUCAGUAACAGGACAAAGCUGGGCGUCGUACCGCUGUGCCUGAUACGUUCAUGCUAGACGGUGCUUCUGUAUUUGUAGGAGAGAAAAGAAAGUCAGGUUGAGGGAUGGUUAGAUUAUCACACACAUUAUUAUUUUAGUAAAUGCAGCCACUUUAAAUUGACUUGAUUAAGUUCCCACUGAGAAAACAGAGGGAUCGAACCGGUGAACAUUGCAUAGGCACAUAUAUAAAUAUAUUUAUGUAUGUUUUAUUUUUCUACACUGUACUUGUUUUGUGUGUAUUUAUCAUUAAAGUAAUCCACUGAGUGU